UGUAACCUGAAUUUACCAUGAAUACAUUAAUUUGAACCGCCGCACACUGACAACUUGUUUGCGCCGAAAACGGUUGCCAUGGCUACGGGAAAAACAGUGUAAUCAAUACACAUUCCAUUUUCGAAACAAAAAUGCUGCGAUGCAAACAACUCCAAGCGCAAUGCGCAAAUUAAUAUUCUAAAUUCAAAUUUUAAAAUUUUAUAGAUUUAUAUAUUAAUGUUGGUAGAAUUGUGAAUUCGAAAUGUGAAGGAAAAUUUUAAGGUUUUUAUUACAAAAGUGAUAGAUUAAGCAAUGAGUCCGUAUUAUUAUUAUCCGUACAGAAGACCGACGAAAUUGAAUGAGUAUGGAUUGAAAAGGAUACCUGAUUAUACUGAACUAGCCUACAAAGAGGCUGUAUCGAAGCUGAGGUACUUCUUGUCAGGAAACUAUGCUCCAAGCGUGCGUAGUUACGGAGGCUCACCGACCAUCAAGAACCUGGACGAGUCCGACGGAGAUCUGGACAAGAAAUACUCCACGACACCUUACAACGCACUUAGCGAGUUCAGACCGCGGCCGAAACUUACAGCCAAGUACGCUACGCUGUAUGCCGAUAGCCUGAGCAACACGAAGUAUUCGCCUCUUCAUGCUACACAUGAUAAAUGUUACAGCAAUAUAGCGCCAGCUCCAGCUACCACCACGGCGCCUGCAGCGGACCUGUCUGGAAGCACCAACCCUGACGUCGUCAACUUCAUACAGAAGCAAGAGGAAUACAUUGAACAGUUGGAGAGAGAGAGCCAAUAUUGUAGAGACGAACUUAACAACCUCCUUGGAAAAGUCAAGGAAGUGAUAUCGGAGAACGAACAUUUGCACGAGGCUCAGAAGAACAAAAUUAUCAACCGCAUGUUCCAUUCAUACAACGGCGGCUCGGAGACUGAUGAGCUCGAUGACCUCGGAGACAGCACCGGAUUAGAAAGUGACAAUAAGGCAACUCCGUCAAAGGCACGGAGGGGCAAAUUGCGUUCCACGAAGCUCGAAGGACCAAACAUAGUGUUCGAGUCACGCAUAGCAGAAUUGGAGGCGCAACUGGCUCAGGCAAAAAUCGACCUUAAGAAGGUACAGGAAGAAAACAAUGAGAACAAACGUAAGUUGGCCUCUGGGCUCGUUGAUUCAACUUGCCUUGAUGGCUUCAAACGGCAGAUUGACAAUUUGCAAAGAGACAAAUCUUCGCUGGAAUCUCAGAUAUCCAAGUUGAAGCUUUCUCUUGAACAAAAAGAUGGCGACCUCGACGGCAGAUACAAGAGAGGCUCUGAUGCUGUAGAGCAGCAGUUGAGAGAAGAGAGGAACAACUUAGAAGUGGAGAUUCGCAGACUGAAGGAUGAUUUAGCAAAGGAGCGUUCUAAAGUCCGCGAACUAGCCGGAGAAGGCGCCAGACGCGCCAUACAGGAAAGAAGUGCAGCCGAACAACGAUAUAAUGCGCAUUUCGAUGAAUUACAACACGACCUAGCAGCUCAGUACGACAAUGUAGCUAAAAUGCAGCUCGAGAUGGAACGCCAGCGGCGCGAAGAAAACGACCUGAAGCGAGAGUUGUCAAUGAAGAAUUCAGCUGUAGAAGAGUUGAAAAUGGAACUCAAGAAUAAAACUGCAUCUCUACAAGCUGAUUUAGCACAAGCUCACGCUGAGAAGGCAUCUCUAGAUGAAGAACUAGCGAGCGCAAGACUUGCUAUGGAGAGACAACAGCGCCAGGCCAAGCAUGAGACCAAUAGACUCAAUUCUGAGAUUCAGUCGCUCCGCCAACGCCUUGAUAGAGCCGAUGCAGAUUUGGUGCACUCGCGACGUGAAAACCUACGUCUCGCAGAGCAGAUUUCAACUCUUGAAAAGGAGUUGAAUAUGAAGAGUUUGACGCCAAUAUCACCAGAGAAGAAGAAAAAGGAGAAAGAAUUUUCUACGGCUUUGGAGUCUAUUGAGAAUAAACACGGCAGUGCGCAGAGUCGCGGCCGAACAGACCAACCAAUCAGAACACAGCGCGACCAUUCAAGAUCACCACACCCACCAAUAGGGAACCGCCGUUCCAAGCGCCGCUCCGAAAAAGAGUCCGAUUCGUCGAAUAAAUAUCCGCCAAUCAUUGUUGGCCCAUUGACGACCAAUCAGGAUCUCGCCGAUGUCAAAGGUGAAAAAGUUUAUAAUCUUCCACUAAUGAUUCAACAGCCCUUUUUACGGGAGAAAAAGGAGCCCAUAAAAGUUGACAUUAGUGUCAAAUUGAUACCUAAAUCUAGGAAAAGGGAUAAAAAGAAACGAGAUGCGCAAGUAGAAGAAAUAGUGAUACAAGCUAAUGAUGAAAACGGUGUUAACAAUAAUAUAAGUAUGGAAGUUGUAGAUGGAAAUAUUAGAGUAUUAAAAGAAACUGUAGAAAUUAUCGAAAGUAAUACUACGAAUGAUGAUAAUGAACGAGAAGAGUUAAAAGUAGACUCUAGUGACGUGCAAAUGAAUGGUAACAAACUAUCUGCAAUAGACAUAAAAACUGAAGACGUUCGAUGCGUAUUAGAUGUUGAAGACUCGAUGCAAGCAAGAGAAGAGUCAGAUCCACAAUCAGUCACUCCAAAAGACAUAGAGAACGUCGAUAAUCAAAUGGAAAAGCAAGAAAAUAUGGAAACUGUCGAUUUGGUAACAGAAAUAGAAGAAAAGGUUCAUUUAGGUGAAAUUGAAACAGAUGAAAAUAAAUCUGAAAAAGAACACAAUACAACGCAAGAAGAGAAUGAAGAAUCCGCGUAGUUUGUAAUUGAUAUUUGUACAAUUGGGUUGACUGAUCACAUGGGAUAAAAUAAAAUUGUUUCAACUGAAUGUAUACAGUAUUGAAAUAAGUAUUUUAACUUUAUACAGCUUUGCUUUAAAUGAUUGGUAAUGUAAAAUUAAAAGAUUCUGAACUGAAUAUUGCUGCUUUAAUGUAGGACUUUAUUAUUGAACAUUUACGUAUACGUUGAAUAUUGUUUAUUAGUUUUUAAAUAUUUUGUUAAGGCAUCUUAGUCAAUUCUUAGUAAGUAAUUUUGUUAGAAACAUGUUUUUGCGAAUUUAUUGUUGAAAAUUGUUGUUGUAAAUCGCUUAUUAUGAAUGUUGUCUUGAUAGUUUAUUACCUGUUUAUAUACUGAUUAUUAUAAUUUACCUUGAAAUUAUUGAAAAGUUUGUAUUUCCGUGUCUGUUCAAAUACUGGUA